GGAUUGUGGCUUGGCUGCAAAAAAGGGCAUUUUGCAAUUUUCGCGCUACCAUCUAAGGCAAGAACGACAAGCUGGUUAGCGUCAGUGUUUUUCGGACGCAAUUAGAAAAUAAAUAACAAAAUGUAUUGUAAAUGUGUGGGUUCGGUUGGUGAAAAACCCUACGCGUAUGCGCAGCAAAAAAAUUUUUAAAUAAGUAAGACUGUUGCAGCGGGUGGGCGCUUAGUGCAAAUUGCAAACGAGAAACGAACAGCUCGUGUGCUAAAACGAAAUUUUCUAAAAAUAACGAAGUGUGUGUAAAACCAUAUCGAUUAAAAAAGGAUAACACAAAAGUGUAAAAAGGACUAAAAUUCUAUAAGCAAGUGAAAGAUUUAAAAUUAUACUCGAAAAGGACCUAUUAAAAAGUUUCAGUGUAGAGCAUCGAAUGGCGUGAGCGCCGAAAGUGAAAAUGUCUACGCUUGUCAACAAAUCGCUUGUGCGCUCACUAGUGCUACUAACAGUCUAUGGACUGUGCGCUUGCGCGCCGCAAAACUACUAUUCCUCCGCGUCCUAUUCAACGAGUCCGUUUCGCGCAAAUCCUUAUCGCCGCGCCAGUUACUCAUCUUAUAGCGAUAACAACCGCGAAUACUAUGAAGCGUUGCGACAAAGACGCCUGCGCGCACUCGCUGACAGCUAUAGAGACAUAUACAACAGAGGCAGCAGUAGUACCAGCAACAGUGGCGUUGGCAGCAGCACUGCGCAGCGUCUCUACUCUUCUUCGCGUUUGCCCAAAGCCGUCGCGGCCAUAAGCGCCAACAGCAAUGACGCCAGUGGCAGCAGUGCUAUUACCAUUAGCAGCAACAACAACGAUCAAAACACCAGCAACAAUUACAAUAGAUAUAAUGUCAAACAGCAGGAUGCCACAACAACCACAAAUAAGCCACGUGUCAGUGAAUCUGAUGAACAAAAUGCCAAAUUUGCUGGCACCAGAAACCAAGAAGCCGAUGAGGAGUCGUCGAAAACUCUCUUACUUCUGAAGAAGAAGAAAAAGCUACGCCGCUGUCUGCCAUUUGGGCGUGACGCACAGGGUGACGAAGUGACUCCACCGCCCGCGGAACAAGGUCGCAUCCUUUGGGACCUCAAUGUCUAUAACGUCUACGGUGGCUAUCCACCGCCCGCAUAUGGUGGCGGUUGUGGUGGAUUUGGUGGCGGCGGGCUUGCUAGCGCUUUUGGUGGUGCCGGCGGUCUUGGUGGUCUUGGCGGUCUUGGCGGCCUUGGUGGCGGUGGUCUGUUCUCUGAUCCCAUUGCGGACGCUUAUGCGCCACCCGACAGGUUGAGUACGUUUCUUCAAUUAUUCGCUCCGGGUAUAUUACAAAAUUCUUUAGCGGCAACGGCACGUCCACCGCCAUAUAGACCACAAGCUGAUACAGGCGCAGGUGAGGCAAACGAGUUGGCUAAUGAUCCGGAAGUAGAUCCUGCUUAUAGUCCAGUAGCAGCCAGACCGCCACCACCAGUUCGAAGACCCAAUCGGGUUUACUAUGAUUCACCGGGAGCGUCUCCCUUAACACCAGCCCAACUUGUAGGCGGUGUAGCAACGACGGUUAACGGUAUCAUACAGCAAUUGACUGGAAAUGUACAACCUGUUUAUCCUGGCUAUAGAUCUUUAAGCUAUGGAAAAUGAAAUU